GAAGAGAGAAUAGCUACAGAUUCUCCAUCCUCAGUCUUUGCAAGGGGACGGCUGUGCCAGCCAGCUCAGGCAGGCUCCUGGCAGCAUGGCAGUGAAGCUCGGGGCCCUCCUGCUGGUCCUUGCACUCAGCCUGGCACAGCCAGCCUCCGCCCGCCGGAAGCUCUUGGUGUUUCUGCUGGAUGGUUUUCGCUCAGACUACAUCAGUGAUGAGGCCCUGGAGUCCUUGCCUGGUUUCAAAGAGAUUGUGAGCAGAGGAGUCAAAGUGGAUUACUUGACCCCAGACUUUCCCAGUCUCUCUUAUCCCAAUUACUACACCCUUAUGACUGGCAGACAUUGCGAGGUCCAUCAGAUGAUCGGGAACUACAUGUGGGACCCCAGCACCAACAAGUCAUUUGACAUCGGCGUCAACAGAGACAGCCUGAUGCCUCUCUGGUGGAAUGGGUCAGAACCUCUUUGGAUCACUCUGAUUAAGGCCAAAAGGAAGGUCUACAUGUACUACUGGCCAGGCUGUGAGGUUGAGAUUCUUGGUGUCAGACCCACGUACUGCCUAGAAUAUAAAAAUGUCCCGACGGAUAUCAAUUUUGCCAAUGCAGUCAGUGAUGCUCUCGACUCCUUCAAGAGUGGCCGAGCCGACCUGGCAGCUAUAUACCAUGAGCGCAUCGACGUGGAAGGUCACCACUAUGGCCCCUCGUCACCUCAGAGAAAAGACGCCCUGAAGGCCGUGGACACCGUCCUGAAGUACAUGACCAAGUGGAUCCAGGAGCGGCAGCUGGAGGACGACCUCAAUGUCAUCAUCUUCUCUGAUCAUGGAAUGACUGACAUUUUCUGGAUGGAUAAAGUGAUUGAGCUGAAUAAAUACAUCAACCUGAAUGACCUGCAGCAAGCAAAGGACCGAGGGCCCGUUGUAAGCCUUUGGCCCGCGCCUGGGAAAUAUUCUGAGAUAUAUAACAAACUGAGAACAGUGGAACAUAUGACUGUCUACGAGAAAGAAGCCAUACCAAGCAGGUUCUAUUACAAGAAAGGGAAAUUCGUCUCUCCUUUGACCUUAGUGGCCGAUGAAGGAUGGUUCAUAACUGAGAAUCGAGAGAUGCUUCCAUAUUGGAUGAACAGCACUGGCAAGAGGGAAGGCUGGCAGCGUGGGUGGCAUGGAUAUGACAACGAGCUCAUGGAUAUGAGGGGCAUCUUCUUGGCCUUUGGACCUGAUUUCAAAUCCAACUUCAGAGCCGCUCCGAUCCGAUCCGUGGACGUCUACAACGUCAUGUGCAACGUGGCAGGCAUCGCCCCUCUGCCCAAUAACGGGUCCUGGUCCAGGGUGAUGUGCAUGCUGAAGGGCCAGGCCGGCUCCGCUCUGUCGGUCCCGCCCAGCGGCUGUGUACUGGCCUUGAUUCUCCUCUUGCUGUUUCACUAGCUGCUCCUUUGUUGUCCCAAACACUCAGCCAAGCGACCUCCGCAGUGGAAAGGUUUUCAUUUUCUAUUUGGAUAAUAGUUUUAUUAACACAGUCAAGGCCACAGAAAUUAUAAAUAUAUUAUUCUUGGAUGAUUCCAUACAGAAAAUCCCUGCUUCUUAAA